AUGAUGGAAUUAACUUAAAGGCUUAUCGAGCAUUAUUUGGAUUUAAUGACUUCAUCUCCUAAAAUUCAGUUAGGAGAAUCACUAUUUUAAAGUGCCAUUUUAUUGUAAUUUAUUUUGAGACUCCAUUUCAUAUUCCCAUAGGAUGGAUGGGAUGUUUGGAAAUACACAGAUUAUAAAUUGCAUGUUCCUUAUGUCAUAUUGUCCUUUUUAUAUCAAGAGAUAUCAGACAUACUUAAAAUACUUCUCAUAUUAUUCAAUGUUAUAAUCUUCAUUCUCAGCUUUUUUAAAGUUUAAUUCGUUUUCUAUUACAAUAACCUUUUAUGGAAUGUAUUUUAUAUACCCUAAGUAGCAAUGCUUUCAAGUUCAUCAGAAAAUAUUGGAAUAUCAAUUUUUGGAAUCCUGCUCCUAUUUUUUAUUCUAGUAUUUAAUCUCUAUUUUAAUCGUUCAACUAAAUUUAUUCAUAGCAAUCCAUUCAUACGGAAAUUCACUUAAUUGACAGUAAUUAGUGCAGCAUUGGACACAAUUUGCUACAUUGAUUUUGAAUUUCACAUUUUGCAAAUAAUUUUACUACACAUUUAGGGAAUAGCCCUUUGCUUAGAUAUAAUUAUCUUUAAACCCUAUAAGUUCUAGUUUAAUAAAAUAGUGUUUCAGUAUAACUUUUUAUUUUACAUCUUGGUUGUAAUUCAUACCCUAAUGUUAUUCAAUAAGUCAGAGGAGAAUAUGUUUUAUUUUACAAUUCUAAUAGGCACCUUAGCCUAUGCACUUUCAUUUCAAUUGUACGACCGAUACGCAGACAUGGAUUCUUAAAAUUAGUACAUAAUUCUAGUUUAAUGCCAAGAGUUUUAUUAAUCUUAGGACAUCCAAUAACAUUUAAAACUAAGACAGCACAAAAACAAAUGUGUAUCUUAACAUGAAGACCAGAACAAGAAUGAAGUAUUAAUUUGCUAUUUAGAAAAUAACAUUUCAAUCAAUAAAAAGUAGAAAAUCGAUUAUGAGAUCUUAGAAUUAGCCUUAAUCCACUUUCUAUGUGUUCAUAAAGCUCCUUUGACUGCACUAUGCCGACUAAAAUAGUAUUAUAAUAUCCCACAUGAUCAUUCCUUGUUUUUUAGAAUAACAUUUCCAAGUCAACAUAAAUAGUUGUGGAAUUCAGUUACAAAGGUUUAGGAUGGAAUAAAUCAACUUUUAAAGGCAGGAUAGUAUUAGGAUGUUCGCAUUCUAUCUACAAAGGAUAUAUACGAAGCAGUUAAAAUAAGAGAAAUAUCGAUUCCUUUGAUUCUGAGUACUCUUGAUCAUAAAAUAAAUUACUGGAAAUAAUUGAUAUCAUUGAUAGCAAAUGUAAAGAAACUAUUCUAGACAACAUGUUCAUUGAGUCAAAAAUUAUUGGACUGCCGAUUAGUAUUGUAAAAACUAUAUAAUUGUACCAAUAUCGAAUAGAUUGAGGAGCCAAGAACAGUCCUAGAAGUCUUGGUGUUGAUAAUUUAUUAUGCAAUAAUUAUCAACGAUCAUGAAUAAGCUAUGAAGAUGCAGAAAGUAAUGAAUGACAUUUUGCGAUCUGAAAGUUUGGUUGAAGGAAAACUACUUAACGGUAACAUAAUGGAAAAUAAAAUUUGUUUAUUGUACACCAGUAUUGUUAAAUCAUAAGGAUCGAUCAUAAAAUUAAAUGCUUAAUAAAUAGCUUAAUUUUGGGGAUACGAAAAUGAAAUGGAUUUUAGAGAUAUUAAACACAUAAAUCAAUUGAUGCCAGACUUUUUAGCCUCUGUUCAUGAUCAAUAUCUUGAGAGAUUCAAGAAGUUAGGCCAUAGCAUUUUAUUUGGUAAGAGUAGAACAGUGUUUUUGAAAGGCAAGAACAAUUUCUACAUUCCUGCAGAUAUUACUAUUGAUAAUUUUUUUAUCAGUUAUGAUGAUUAUGUUAUAACGGCUGCAUUUUCCAAAACAAAGGAAAAAUGUCUAUUCAUGCUUUUUGAUCACAAAGGUAGAAUCUUAGGUGUCAAUAAUUUGAUGUUCAAAUUACUUUAAACUAUAGAUAAAACAAUAACAUAGGAACAUCUGUCCUCUGGUUAUGUGUUUUAAUUAAUCCCAAAAAUAUUCAAUUUAAUUAAUGCCUAUCGAAAUUCUGAAGAAGAAGUCAACUAAGACGAUAAGAUUAUUUUAAAAAUUGGAAAUCCCAUCAAGUAAUAGUUUUCAAAAUUGAUGUAAAGUUCUAAGGGCAAAAAUAAGCAUUAACUAUAUUAUGCAGGGUUGUGGACGACAUUUGAUACUCCAGAAAAUUAACAAAAAAAUUAAUAAUCUUUGUUAAAUCUGAAUGUAUUUGAUUCUCAAAAACCUAAUUGUGAUUUAUUUGAUGAAACCUACUAACAAAAAAUGUAGCAAUUUAUAGAUCAAAAUAUUCAAACCACGAAUUUCUAGAUUAAAUGUUAUUUAGAGUAUCUCAUACUUGGUUACUCAAAAUCUAUUCCUUUAUUCACUUUAGAAAUAAAUGACAUUAUAUCUGCUCAAGACACUGAAAAUGGAGAGACAUUCUCAUAAGAUAGUUUGCAAAAUGUUGAAUUGUCUGAUCUAAAUAAAUCAAGUCAUUUAAUGCUGAGUUCCAUUCAAGAUGAAAGCUUUUCAAAAGGCAAGGUGGAAGAUAAUGACAAAUUACAAUAACACCCAGAAAUAUCUUUAAUGAGAGGUAAAUAUGAUCAAUCCUUCUUUGAUCAACAAUAAGAGUCUUCAAGAUAAAUCUUGGCUCCUUUUUCACAAAGAGCUACUUUUAAUUUAAUCAAACACAAAAGUAUGAAUGAUGACUCUAAAUAUUUAGAGGAUGAAUUUAAGAUUAUCAAAUUACAAUAAGAAUUGGGAUAUGAAAAUCAUAACUAUCAACAAUAAUACUCAAAAAAUAAGACAGUACUGGACAAAUUGCAGGAUCAAUAAUCAUCAAAUAAUAAUAAUGACUAAUAAAUUAAUUAAAAAAAUGAAAUGCAGGCUAUAAACUCGGGUGGGUCUAUUGCAAGAAGAUCAAGGAAUCAUCAUUAUGAAUUGUUAAAAAUGAAAUCACGAUCUCAAGCCAGACCCAUUUAAUUAAGUUUUAUCAUCUUCUUGGAUAUUUGUAUUAUUUUAAGCGUAGUCUUAUUUAAUAUUCUGAAUGUCAUAUUUAUAAGUGAAUAAAGGGAUAAUGGAAAUAAAUAACUUCUUGAGAUCUAAGCACCAUAUGUCUUUAAUGGCAUAUAUUGUGAAUUAACAUCUCAUGAUAUUCUCUACAAGUUGUCCAAGGUGGAAGGGAUUCAAAUAAGUUCAAACUUAUUGAAUACUAUUCAAUCAAGAUUUCAAAAUCUUAAUUACUUAUAAAACAUGUCUCUACAUCAAGCAGUCUUUCAUCAAAUUGAAUAGGAUUUCUUAAAAUCCAAUAUUACACUUUAUUAUAUUGAUUAAGCUGAUGAAUUUAAUACUUCUUACACUUAUUACUACUCCAAACUCACCAUUUAUUUCAGACUUCUAAUCAAAUACUAUUAGGAUUAUAGCUUUAGUAAUUUUAAUGAUUACUUUUUUCAGCAAUCUCUUUUUGAAGUAUUAAAUUUAGAAAAUAGUACAAAUUUAUUUAGAUUAUUAAUUAGAUCUUUAAUUGAUAAAUUCUAUGUGGAAUUAGACUUAAAUGAUGAAUUGAUUUUGAAUCUAUUCGUCAUCCAAACUAUUCUAUAAUUUUGUAUGUUUUUCUUACAGUUUUGGUUCUUUUUUGAUUUGUUGAAGUUACACAUGAAGAUUCUGCAUCUCAACUGUAGAUUGUAUGAAAAAGAUGUUUAUGUGACAAUCCAGAAAUUAUAAAGUGUGAGAGAAAUAUUAAAUGACAAGUACUCAAUCAAUUGGAAAAAGGCUGAUUAUGUGCACAUUAUCUAUUAGCCACUAAAUAAACAAUAGUAAAUUAACACAACCAAUACUAAAUAAAACAAAACAACAUUGCUUUCAUCAAGAAUUUAAUAGUCAACAUUUAACAUGUGUUCAAUAUCGGCGUUCUUAUUUGCUCUACUCUUAAUUAUUCUAAUUGUUAAUAUUGGAGGUUUCCUAUUUAAUUCAUAAAAAUAAAAACAACUCAAACCCUCUUAUCAACUAGGCGCUGAAUUUCUUCAUUUCACCAUUCAAGUUGAUUCCAUCGUGAGCAAUGCAAUUAGAAUCAAGAGUUAGAAUAUUCUAUUGAGUCAAAAUUCAUUAACAGAAUCUAUAUCACCAAAGACUUUGUAACAAUCUGCUAACUACUUCAUAUAAGAUCGCUAUCAAAAUUUAACCUACUUUUAUAUUUAGGUCGAUUCCUUCAAGCAUAGUCAAAUUCAAAUAAUACAGGACUUAAUCAAGAAUCCAAAUAUCGAUUCAAAAAAUGCUGACAUUUUAAAUCAGCUAUUUUUUUAAGAUAUUUGCUCAAUCAUUUGUCCUGUCUCUCCAGAUAUCAAAGAUAAUUGUACUUAUCUUUAUAAUAAAGGAAUAAUUGGAAUCUAUACAAAAAUUAUUAAUUACUUAAUGGGAUCUUAUUACUUUGAAUUGGAAAAUAAAAUGCUUGAUGUAGAUUUUCAAAAUACACUAUCUUUGCUGAAUUCAGCUGAUUUCAAUCAGAUGUUUGGAAGACACUUUACGAAUGCUAAAUAAGCAUUCGAUUAAUUUGCUCAAGAGAAUUUAAAAUUAGCAUUUGAAUAAAUUGAAAGUAAUUUUAAUGAAGCUCUUGUGUAUUUUAUGAUAACUGGAUGUUUCACUUUGUUAGCAGUUGGAUUAGCUCUAAUCUAUUUUAGUAAAGUUCAACAAAACUAAAUCAACUUAAUCAGAUUAUCCUUGACGAUUAUUCCGGUGGAAUUAAUUGAUUAAUAAGCUAUUAAUAUUCUUCGUUAAUUAUGA